UAUUUCUGUCGUUGGUAGUAUUAUGCUUUUUGUGAAGAAAAUCCCCAAUUCGAUGGACUCAUGUUUCCGCCAUGGAUUGAUUCCCGAAGAAGCUCCCCAUUCUCCUCGAUGAAUCGUCUCCCACAUUAAGAUCCGUCUGAAUAUUUCUUAUGCUGGAAGCCCUUCUCAGCUUUCCGGCAUUUGUUUUGUUAUCUUCUUUUAGCUUUUUUUUUUCUCUUCAUCUCCUUUUUUAUCUGUUUUCUCUCCAUCGGAUUUGGGUUCAUGUAUUGACUUGGAAAAGUCUAGUUUGAAUUGAGGGGAUGUGGUUGAGGCUGGUCAGGCCUUGUUCCGAUCGAAGGCAACCGCUACGUGUGCUGAGUUAUGAGGAAGCGUACUGAGCGGACUUUGAAGGAGUUGUACGAUUGCACAGAGAGAAUUGUGGAACUGGAGGCAUGUAAAGUUGUCGCGUUUGUUUCAUCGGGUUAGGGUUACGUCUCUUCUCCACGCAUGAAUAGUUAAAUUUAUUAGGCUAUCUGUUUGUUUUACUCCCUUUUUCUUCCGUCACUCUAGAAUGGCUUUGCGUUACUGAUGGACGUGACAUAGACUGUUAGAUGUAGCGAGAGGGUCGGAGUGCUUCUUCUUCUUCUUCUUUUUCUUAUUUGUUUUCCUUCAUUUUCAUUUUUCUUUACUGGUGUUUCCGAGUAAACGAAUUGACACGGUUAAAUGAGGUCUGGAAGCAGGGAUUUUCUAGGGUGUGAGGAGAUUACACCUGUUCUGAAGGGCAGCUGUCGCAUCCAAGGACCUGUGGAUGAUUUGGACCUGAUGAAUCUUCAGGGGACUGAUUCUGAUGAGAAGAAAUUUAUGUUUUCAAAAGACCAUACUGCAAUGCCUAUUGAAUCUGGAACAUGCACUGUAUCUCCAGCUGCUAUUAGGACAGAAGCUGAUAGUUAUUCUGUUAAUAGUGUGGAUGCAAAAAUCAGAUGUGUAGAAAUAGAUAAUCUUGACUGUUCGUUGGCAUCAUUAACUGGCGGAAACUCUCCUGAGAACAAAGCUUGUUCCGCUCCAAAAGAAGAAGUUUCUACAGGUGGAACAGAAAUUGGAUUUUUAUCUGGCACCCCAAAGAUUAAUGGUUUGUGCCAAGAUACAAGUUUGGGCACAGAGUGUACAAAACCAUCUGAUAAUUGUUCUGAAGAAUGUUGUGCAAAUGAUCUUCUUGAAAGAGGUGAUGCUGUAUUGGAUGCAGUCAAAAGUGAGGAACAGCUCAUUCAAUUUCAAGCUGCUGCUGUGGGGGAAAACUAUGAAUCAGAUGUUGCAUUGGAUGAUGUAAAAGUGUGUGAUAUUUGUGGAGAUGCUGGAAGGGAGGAUCAUCUUGCUAUAUGCAGCAAGUGUAGUGAUGGUGCAGAGCACACAUACUGCAUGCGAGAAAUGCUCGAUAGAGUUCCUGAGGGUGAGUGGCUGUGUGAAGAAUGCAAAAUCAAGGAAACGGAGUGUUCAAAUGCGAAUGAAUGUGAGGGAGUCGAUGGAAGAUUAAAACUAGAGUGUUUAAAUGAUAUCAAUCAAAACUCGACGAGCACUUCAAUCCCCAGAAAAAUACACAAAUUGGAUGCGAGGCCAACUGAGUUGGAUUCCCGAGGUUCAGCAAAGGAGAUGCACUGUCCCCUUGUUUCUAUUAUGAGGCCGGUUGACCCUUUGGAGCAAGGAAAAGCUUCCGAACUAAGUGGCGCUUCUAUAGAAACAGCCAGCCUAAACCCUAAACCCGUUUUGUCUCAUCAAAUUUCAUCAAAAAGUCAAGGUGUGGGGAAGUUGAAGACGGUUAGAAUGGAACCAUCAUUGGAAUCUCUGCUUGCGAAAGGUUAUGGGACUUCUCUUUCAAAAACCCGUCUAAGAUCCAGUUCAUUUAAAGGGCUGCCACCUCUUUAUUCUCCUCGUGGGAAAAUAUCAAGAUCGUUUUCCUUUAAUAAUUCAAACACUAAUUCAAAAGUCAAAGCACAAGUUGAAAAUGCGCCUCCUAAGCAAAGAUUCACAAGGGAGCUUAUAACUAAUGAAUUAAGGAAAGAAGGUUCAUUCAAUGCAUCAACCAAGACUUUAUUUAAAAAUAGAAACUCAGAAUGCUUCAAUACUGAGUUAGUGAGUAAAAAUACAUUGCUUAAGCCAUCUCGUAAUGAAGAUUUAAGAGCUCUGAAAGAGGUAAAAGAUCGAAAUAGAGUAGAAAAGAACAAUUUUUCUGCAAAGGGAAACUCAGUUGUCAGGCCACCUGCAGCUAUUACCACCAAUUAUUCUCCUAAGGUUGAUGUGAAGUUCCUGCAGAAUGAUGGAAUUACGAAUAAUCUAUCUGAGAAGAGUGUUUGUGGCUUAAGUGAAGGAGUAAAUGCAGGUUGCAAUGAAAUGAAGAAACAGGUUUCAUAUUCAUCUAAGACUACAAAAUCUUACGAUGAUGACAAUCUUAACAGGUUUAAAGUCGCCAAAGAAGCUAUUCGGAGGAGUUUCAGUGUCAUAGAUAAUUCAUAUAGAAAGGUUGGAAUUGUAUCACAUUGUAGCGCUGAUCAACUCUUACAGUCUAGCGACAAAGACAGUAGAAUGAGCGAUUCUAGCAUUUAUUUUAGUUCAAGACUUUCUUCCCGGGCAGGUAACAAAACCUUUCACUCUCAAAGAGGCAACGGAACAGGGCGUACGACUCAUGAUGAACAAGGAGGAUCUGGUCAUAGGACUUCAGCUGAACAGAAUUCAAGGGAGGUGGAGAAGAAGGGUAAUAAAUGGAGAAGGGUUGUAAAUGCGGCUUUGUCGAGGAGUGGAGUGUUAAAGAGCGAAAAAACUGAUGCGCUGGAGGAGCAUCCAGCAGUUGGUGUAGAUAUGAUUUGUGAAGCAGCUCCGAAACAUUUGGUUGUAGAAAAAAACACUGGUAAAGUUGGCUCAGAGGAUUCAGUCGAUGUUUCUACGAAAAUGUUGUCUUUUGUAGGUUCAGCGCAACUCGCUGUUCUUCCUGUUGAGGGAUCUGAUGAAGCUAAUGGCAUGAGGGACGCUACGAACAUUUCUGAGUUGAAUGUGAAGUCUUUUGGAGAGACCUUGCGAGGCGAGGCGACUCAUCUAGCUGAUUCAUUGAGUGGAUCAGCAGUUCCAAAACUUGAAUGCAUUUGGCAAGGUAAUUUUAAUGUCAUUGGAAAUGGAAGCCAUUCCAACAUGUUCUUUGGGAUUCAAGCUCACCUAUCAACUUGUGCUUCUUAUAGAGUGUUUAAAUUAGCAACCAAGAUGCCUGGCAAUGUCCAGUUAGAUGAGGUUUCUCACAUUAGCUCUUGGCCAUUACAGCUUUUACGAUCUGGUCCUCAAGAUGAAAAUAUCGCUUUGUUUUUCUUCGCGAAAGAUACUGAGAGUUAUGACAAGAGCUAUAGGAAACUAAUGGAUAAGAUGCACAGAAAUGAUUUGGCACUCAGAGGAAAUAUUGGGGGAGCUGAACUUCUUAUUUUCACUUCAAAUAAGUUGCCAAUGAAGUCCCAGCGUUGGAACAGUAUGCGUUACCUCUGGGGCAUGUUUAGAGGCAAGAGGAGAUAUUACUUGCCUGUCAUGGAUGAGCAGAAGACGUCUUUGUCAUCUGAACAAAAAUUUUCUUUGCCUUCCAUUGCUGAUGUUGUUUCUAAGGCCAAAAGCUUAGAAACCAAUUUGAAACUAAAGAAAUUAUCUGAUUUGGUGCAAGGGGAGUCUACUAGUGGUGUGGAUUUGCCUCCUAUUUCUUUGGAAAUUGAGGAUAAAAUACGGAAGGCGUUGGAAGUUUCUCCAGUUCAGAAGAUGUUGAAUAUUGUGCCUGCUGUUCCUAAAGUAACUGAAGAGCAGCCUUUAUGUUGUGUUAGCAGUUCAAAUGGGACUAAAGCUAAGCCAUUGGGAAUCAUUAUUGAUGCUCCUAACGGCAGGUUUCAAAUGAUUACAACCAAGUCAUGCUCUUCAGAGAAAAAUGAUGGUGUUUGUCAGGAAAAAUUGGUCAGUGAUUGCACAAACAGAAAAGCUGUAAAAUCAUCUGCUCUUACUUGUGUCAUUGAUGUUGAAUCUAGCCUCAUAAGAGAACCAUCUGUACCCUCGGUUUCUCCAAAUUGCAAUAAAGGUGCUGACUUCAUCAACAUUGAAGGAGACAGUGGAGAGAAAGAGACAUCAGCAGCAGCAUCUGUUGCGGCUAUCAUAGAUGAUAAUCAAAGAGGAAACCUUUUAAAUACAGAACUCAUUCGUUGUGAGUUGAUGGCUAACAAAAAACGGGAACGAUCAUGUUCUAUAGAACGAAUGUCAUCACAAUUUUCCGAUGAAAUGCCAGAUAACAUCAAAAUGGCACUACCGAGAGAUAGGCCGAGUUGGUUCCCUGUUGAGGACGAUGAGAGAGAGCAGAAGAAGACUUGUUAUAACGGUCUUAGUGGAAUCAUCAAUGAUAACGUAAGUUUGCGGUUGUCCUCGAAGGUUCACCCCUUGUAUUCUAGCAUAUUGAUGCAGCAGCAACCCGUCGAAAGCCUCUGCGACGAAACUUCAAAGCCUCUGACUGUUACAAACACAGAGAUGUGUUUUUUCCAAGUAGACCUAGGCACUGUGCAGAACAUUAUAGAUAUUCCUCGUGUGAAAGAAGACGACGCGCUGGAAUCAAGCAGUCCUGAUCUUGAAUUAGCUCUUGGGGGGAAGAAAAAAUCAAGGGAUUGCUGCACGUUUUCGUCGCUGUUUCGUCCGGCUGAUGUUGGCGGCAAGCAGCAGUUGUGGCCUGGUUCUUCAGGGGAUGGUGAUGAUGGGUUGUCAUCUCUCUCUCUAUCUCUAUAGGUUUCCUGCAUCAGAGGAGGGAUCAGAUUAAAAUAUUGCAGAGAACUGAAUCGAUUGAAUUCUGGGCAACCUUCCAACAACAGAUUUCUCUGAAAAUGAAGUUCUGGGAGGAUUUGUUCAUGCUGUUGCUGAUCUCUGACUUCUGAGGGAUAGUUUUACGGCCCUUCUCAGCUGUUCAUAGUUACACCUAAAAAAAAAA